AUGGAGCAGAUGCCUGAGGCAGUGGACGCCUCAGCCAGCCCAGUCACGUCACCACACUUGCACACUAACUCCACCCACACACAAUUUGCUUACAAAGAACAUGCUGCACCACCUCCAACUGGACGUAAGGUGGAGCACCAGUAUUCCCACAAGUUUACAGUAGUGGUGUUACGUGCCACCAAAGUGACAAAGGGGACCUUUGGUGACAUGCUGGAUACUCCAGAUCCCUAUGUGGAACUUUUCAUCUCUACAACCCCUGACAGCAGAAGGAGAACAAGGCACUUCAAUAAUGACAUAAACCCUGUGUGGAAUGAGACCUUUGAAUUUAUUCUAGAUCCUAAUCAGGAAAAUGUUUUGGAGAUCACAUUAAUGGAUGCCAAUUAUGUCAUGGAUGAAACUCUAGGGACAGCAACAUUUCCGAUCUCUUCUAUGAAAGUGGGAGAGAAGAAAGAGGUUCCUUUUAUUUUCAACAAAGUCACUGAAAUGAUUCUGGAAAUGUCUCUUGAAGUUUGCUCAUGCCCAGACCUACGAUUUAGUAUGGCUCUGUGUGAUCAGGAGAAAAUUUUCAGACAGCAGAGAAAAGAAAACAUAAAAGAAAACUUGAAGAAACUCUUGGGUCCAAAGAACAGUGAAGGAUUGUAUGCUACGCGUGAUGUGCCUGUGGUGGCUAUACUGGGUUCAGGUGGGGGUUUUCGAGCCAUGGUAGGAUUCUCCGGUGUGAUGAAGGCGCUGUAUGAAUCAGGAAUUUUGGACUGUGCUACCUAUGUAGCCGGUCUUUCUGGCUCCACAUGGUACAUGUCAACCUUGUAUUCUCACCCUGAUUUUCCAGAGAAAGGGCCAGAGGAGAUUAAUGAAGAGCUAAUGAAAAAUGUUAGCCACAACCCCCUUUUACUUCUCACACCACAGAAAGUUAAAAGAUAUGUUGAAUCUUUAUGGAAGAAGAAAAGCUCUGGACAACCUGUCACCUUUACUGAUAUCUUUGGGAUGUUAAUAGGAGAAACCCUAAUCCACAAUAGAAUGAACACUACCUUGAGUAGUUUGAAGGAAAAAGUCAAUUCUGCACAAUGCCCUUUACCUCUUUUCACCUGCCUCCACGUCAAACCCGAUGUUUCAGAGCUGAUGUUUGCAGAUUGGGUUGAAUUUAGUCCAUAUGAGAUUGGCAUGGCUAAAUACGGUACUUUUAUGGCUCCUGACUUAUUUGGAAGCAAAUUUUUUAUGGGAAAAGUUGUGAAAAAAUAUGAAGAAAACCCUUUGCAUUUCUUAAUGGGUGUCUGGGGCAGUGCCUUCUCCAUAUUGUUCAACAGAGUCUUGGGAGUUUCCAGUUCACAAAAUAAAGGUUCCACAAUGGAGGAAGAAUUAGAAAAUAUUACAGCAAAGCAUAUUGUGAGUAAUGAUAGCUCAGAUAGUGAUGAUGAAUCACAAGAACCCAAAGGCACUGAAAAUGAAGAUGCUGAAAGGGAUUAUCAAAAUGAAAAUCAAGCAAGUUGGGUCCAACGAAUGAUAAUGGCCUUGGUGAGUGAUUCACCUUUAUUCAAUACCAGAGAAGGACGUGCCGGGAAGGUGCACAACUUCAUGUUGGGCUUGAAUCUCAAUACAUCUUAUCCACUGUCUCCUUUGAGAGACUUUACCACGCAGGACUCCUUCGAUGAUGAUGAACUGGAUACAGCUGUAGCAGAUCCUGAUGAAUUUGAGCAAAUAUAUGAGCCUCUGGAUGUUAAAAGUAAAAAGAUCCAUGUGGUAGACAGUGGGCUUACGUUUAACCUGCCGUACCCCUUGAUCCUGAGACCUCAGCGGGGGGUUGACCUCAUCAUCUCCUUUGACUUUUCUGCAAGGCCGAGUGACUCAAGUCCUCCAUUCAAGGAACUUCUACUUGCAGAAAAGUGGGCUAAAAUGAACAAGCUCCCCUUUCCAAAGAUUGAUCCUUAUGUGUUUGAUCGGGAAGGACUGAAGGAGUGCUAUGUCUUUAAACCCAAGAAUUCUGACAUGGAGAAAGAUUGCCCGACUAUCAUUCACUUUGUUCUGGCCAACAUCAACUUCAGAAAGUACAAAGCUCCAGGUGUUCCAAGAGAAACUGAGGAAGAGAAAGAAAUAGCUGACUUUGAUAUUUUUGAUGACCCCGAAUCACCAUUUUCAACCUUCAAUUUUCAAUAUCCCAAUCAAGCAUUCAAAAGGCUGCAUGAUCUGAUGCACUUCAACACCCUGAACAAUAUUGAUGUAAUAAAAGAUGCCAUCGUUGAAAGCAUUGAAUACAGAAGACAGAAUCCAUCUCGUUGUUCUGUUUCCCUCAGUAAUGUUGAGGCAAGAAAAUAUUUCAACAAGGAGUUUCUAAGUAAACCUACAGCCUAG